AUGCGCUUCGAGCGCGUCGCUCACACUUUAAUGGUUCGUCUCGUUCGUCGCAGCGUCAACGUAACCCUAUACUCGUCGCUUUUGGGUCUUUUUUCGUUUCUAACGACCGGACGAAAACUUCAUAAAACGCUGCAUGCUUCCAGAGUUUGCAAGUGUGUUACUAUGAAGCCGAAGAAAUUGGGAAUCAUCGGUGGCUCGUUGUUUGCGUUUGGAGUUUUGAUCUGUGCAAUCAUUUUUCCGCCAUUUUUGAGGUCUCAAAUUAAGAAGCAAAUAGCGUUGAAAGCUAACUCGGAAAUGCGGGACUUAUGGUCGGACUUCCCUCUUCCACUGGACUUCAAAAUUUAUCUGUUCAACGUAACGAAUCAUAUGGAGAUCAUGGGAGGCGCGACGCCGAUUGUCCAGGAAGUAGGGCCAUUUUUUUAUGAUGAAUACAAGCAGAAGGUGGAUAUGGUCGAUCGAGAAGAAGACGACACCUUGGAGUACAGUCUAAAAUCAACUUGGUAUUUUAAUCCAUCGAAAAGCGGCAGUUUAACGGGCGAGGAGGAAAUAGUAAUCCCGCAUGUUCUAAUUCUGAGCAUAGUCAAACUCACCCUGCAGCAACAACCGGCAGCUAUAGGAAUCCUCAAUAAGGCUGUGGAUAGUAUUUUCAAGAAACCUAAGUCCGUCUUCGUGAGAGCGAAAGCGAGAGAAAUACUUUUCGAUGGUAUACCGGUUGAUUGUACAGUGAAGGAUUUCGCUUCUACCGCCAUCUGUAACGCUUUGAAAGAGAAUGCCGACGCUUUAAUUCCUGAUGGACCGGGACGUUAUUUGUUCGCUUUAUUUGGCCCUAAAAAUGGCACAGUCCUUCCUGACCGUAUACGAGUUAUGCGAGGAAUAAAAAAUUACAAGGACGUUGGACGAGUGACCGAAGUCAAUGGAAAAACAGCAUUGGAUAUUUGGUCCGCAGACCAUUGCAACCAGUUCAAUGGCACAGACUCGACAAUCUUCGCGCCAUUGCUCACGGAAAAAGAUGAUAUCGUUUCCUUUUCUCCAGACAUUUGUAGAAGCUUGGGUGCCCGUUUUGAUCACAAAACUAAAGUCAAAGGUAUCAAUACGUUUCAUUAUACAGCUGAUUUAGGAGAUAUGAGUACAAAUCCCUUGGAAAAGUGUUUUUGCCCAACCCCAGAAACCUGUUUAACAAAGAACCUGCUAGAUCUGACCAAAUGCGUAGGUGCUCCACUUAUCGCUUCUCUACCACAUUUUCUUGGAUCAGAAGAAAAAUAUUGUCAAAUGGUUCAGGGACUUCAUCCGAACGAGGAAGAUCAUGGCAUUGCUAUGGACUUUGAACCAAUGACAGCCACUCCUUUAAGCGCGCACAAGAGGCUACAAUUUAAUAUAGCCCUUCAUAAGGUGGAAAAAUUCAAGUUGAUGAAAAACUUCCCAGAGUGUCUGUUUCCAGUAUUCUGGGUCGAGGAGGGAAUACUACUCGAUGACGAGUUUGUGAAAAAACUGAAAACCGUAUUCAAAACAAUAAGCAUAGUCGGAUUCCUGAAGUGGCUGACAAUAAUUAGUGGGAUUUGCAUUAGUGCAGCAGCUGCCGCGAUGUUCUUCAAGAAUAAAGACAAAGGUUCACUCGAUAUCACAAAAGUAACACCGCAUUCGCAGAACGGAAAAGGUGAAGAACAAAAAAAGUGGCCGAAUCAAAUGAAUAUCAGUACGAUACAGAGUGCAGCUGUACCGCCUAAUCUAGAUGCGAAUUAA